AUGAAGUCUUGGUUCCUCGCCCCUGACUUCACCUUCACGCCCGACGGGCCCCUCCAGCUUGGCGCUGUUAUCCCUCAUCCCAGUCGUCCGAACAGACCCUUGCAUCACCCCGCUUUUACGGUGACGAAGGAGAAGGGCGUUGGGCAUAAUACCUCAUUGUCAGGUUCAGGCCCGGCAGGUCCCGUGCCUAUUGAAGUCGGUGCCGGUAUUUCAGGUGGAAAGGAGAGUUCCAAGACCGAUUCCUACGAAACUGCCCCGGGCAUUAUCUUCGCCUAUCGUCUUCACGCCAUACGUGUUCGUGGCAGCGGCACUGCAAGCUCAGAGAUGUUCUCGAACAAGAAGACAUUCAUGCAUGGCAGACCCGUGCCUGAUCCUGAGCCCUUUGAGGUUGUUGACGUUGACGCCGAGGUGUUGAAGGCUGAUAGGAAGGAGGAGGAGGAUGCACCAAACUAUGAGAUGGAAGAUCUUGGAGAUGAGGAAUACUGCUUUUUGGCGCAGGCAUAG